GGCGAGUUGACAGACAGAACGUUGAACCAUGUGCCUGUUUCCACACGGAAGAAAAUAAUGACGUACCGUUCAUAACAUGACAUUUGUGUGGGUCGACUAUAUGGCGAGCUGACAGGCGUGUGAAUGAGCCGAUCAGCCUAAUCUUUUUUACGGUUAUUCACCAUGUUGCCAUUGCCAUUGGCCUUACUCGUGGGUAAUGGACAUUGCCUGGCAAGAAGAGGAUGCUCAAGCAGAUGGAUGCUUCGUAACAUAGUGCAAUGGAGGGCGUUUGUGACUUCAGGAAUCCGGCAGGCCUCUGCCACGCCAAGAGGUAAAGUCACCCCUGUGUUCUCCCGAGCCUUGGGGUUCAGAGACAAGACUGCCAUAGUGGACAGCAGUGGUAGUCAUACUUACAGAGACCUUUAUGCCAGCAGUCGAGGGUUGGCUGGCCGCAUCGCUCGGACUCUGGGCUGUGAGUCCGGCGAUAUCGGUGGCCAGCGGAUAUCAUUUCUAUGUGCCAACGACGCUUCUUACAGCGUGGCGCAGUGGGCGUCCUGGAUGUGCGGGGGAACGGCGGUGCCCCUGUACCGUAAACACCCACCCUCAGAGCUGGAGUACAUCAUCACCAACUCCCAGAGUUCCCUGCUCGUAGCGGGUGAUCCGUACGCCGACACCCUGGAGCCUCUGGCCCACAAUCUGGGCCUCCCGUGCCUUCAGCUGCCGUCCACCUCCGACCUGCGUGCCCUAGAGACUGCAGACACAGAGGGACUCGUGGGCGACCUGGCUGAAACUGACUGGGAUGAGAGGCCAGCCAUGAUCAUCUACACCAGCGGGACGACAGGCAGGCCUAAAGGAGUGCUGCACAGCCACAGGAACAUACAGGCCAUGGUCCAGGGUCUGGUGUCGGAGUGGGCAUGGUCCAAAGACGACGUCAUCCUCCACACCCUGCCUCUCCAUCACGUCCACGGCAUCGUCAACAAGCUGCUGUGUCCUCUCUCCGUAGGGGCCACCUGCCACAUGCUGCCGGACUUCCACCCUCAGAAGGUGUGGGAGCGCUUGCUGAGCUCCAAGGCUCCCAUGGUGAAUGUGUUCAUGGCCGUGCCCACCAUCUACUCCAAACUCAUCCAGCACUUUGAGCAGCACUUCAGCAAGCCGCGUGUCAGGGAAUUUGUCAAGGCCGUGUGCAAGGAGAGGAUCAGACUGAUGGUGUCUGGCUCUGCGGCUCUUCCGCAGCCGAUUCUGGAACGCUGGGAGCAGAUCACGGGCCACGUGCUGCUGGAGCGCUAUGGCAUGACGGAGAUUGGCAUGGCCCUCUCCAACCCUCUCAAGGGGCUGCGCACCCCAGGGGCAGUGGGAGCACCUCUUCCUGGGGUGGAGGUGCGCAUUGUCAUGACCAACUCUACCAACACCACUAUAGCAGAAGGCACCAGCAAGGAGACACGGGUGCGCCCGGGGAUGGAGGGUAAAGAGGGGGAGCUGAUGGUGCGUGGUCCGUCCGUCUUCAGGGAAUACUGGAACAAACCUCAGGAGACAGCCGAGGCCUUCACCGACGACGGCUGGUUCAAGACAGGUGACACGGCGGUGUACCGGGACGGCGUCUACUGGAUCAUGGGCCGCACGUCGGUGGACAUCAUCAAGAGCGGCGGCUACAAGAUCAGCGCGCUGGAGGUGGAGAGGCACCUGCUGGCCCACCCACACAUCACAGACGUGGCGGUGAUCGGGGUGAGGGACGCCACGUGGGGUCAGAAGGUGACGGCGGUGGUGCAGCUCAAGAGAGGAACCAGUCUCAGCCUGCCGCAGCUCAAGGCCUGGGCCAGAGAACACAUGGCGCCGUACACCAUCCCCACCGGCCUGGUAGUGGUGGAGGAGAUGCCCCGCAACCAGAUGGGCAAGGUCAACAAGAAGGACUUGCUCAAGCAGUUCUCCCCCAGCCAGAGCUGACCCCACUACCACCACCAGCACCACCACCCUGCUCCCUCCUCUCUCCGGGCAGGCUGAGAUGGACGGCGAGGCGGAGAGGGACUGACCUGCCCGCUCUUGCUCUGAGGACCGCUAGGCGAGCCAGCGCAUGACACUGUGUCGUCUCGUGAAGGUUGAGGUGCCUCCGCACACUACACUUUAAAAAAUAAAUAAAUAAAUAAAAAGGGUCUUUGGGGUGCUAUAUAGAGCCAUGCAGGCGUUAUAGAACUCUUAGAGGUUCCUUUGAUGUACCAUUCAAAAUGGUUUAAAGAACCAUUUAGGGUUGCCAUGUAAUGUAUGAAGCAUGCAAUAGAACCAUUUUUGGUUGUAUAUAGCACCCUUUUUUAGCUGCUAUCCAAGGGAGAGGAUGGUGACCUGUCAGUGCCAUUGAUGAAGACAUUCACACCGGCCUCUUGAAUCAAGCUUUUUCUCAGACAUUUUUUAAUUUAUGUUUUUUGAUGUGUUUUUGAGAUUUAAGUGUUCUCACUGGAAGAGAUAACAUCACUCAGAUAAUUAUGACUAUGCCAUGAUUAAAAAAGAAAAUCUAAAAUAUUUCAUAUGAAAUCGGUGAAGUUGAAAAUGUAGCCUAUGGGUUCUCUGUGAGCUCUGAAAAAGAAUGUUGUGAAUUGAAUACAGUAUGUUACUAUGGAAAUGUAAAUUCAACGUUUUAAUUGUGGUCUGUAACGUUUGAAGCUGUGAAAAUGUAAAAAAAUAAAUCACUUAGA